GCUGCCAUGAACGGGCUUUCGGUCAGCGAACUGUGUUGCCUCUUCUGCUGCCCGCCCUGCCCCGGCCGGAUCGCCGCCAAGUUGGCGUUCUUGCCGCCGGAGCCCACCUACACCAUGGUGGCGGAACCGGAACCGGCGGGCAGCACCAGCAGCAGCUCCCUGCGGAGCAGCGCCAUGACCCGAUGGAAGCUCCACUUGACGGACCGGGCGGAUUUCCAGUACAACCAGCGGGAUCUGGACACCAUCGAGGUGUUCCUGACCAAAAGCAACCGAGGGAACCGGAUCAGCUGCAUGUACGUCCGUUGCGUACCUGGCGCCAGGUUCACGGUUCUGUUCUCCCACGGCAACGCUGUUGACUUGGGCCAGAUGUGCAGCUUCUACAUCAGCUUGGGCACCCGGAUCAGCUGCAACAUCUUCUCCUACGACUAUUCCGGAUACGGGGUCAGCACGGGGAAGCCCUCGGAGAAGAACCUCUAUGCAGACGUUGACGCGGCCUGGCAGGCCCUCCGCACCCGGUACGGGAUCAGCCCAGAGAACAUCAUCUUGUACGGGCAGAGCAUCGGCACCGUACCCACGGUGGACCUCGCCUCUCGCUACGAGUGCGCCGCGGUCAUCUUGCAUUCGCCGCUGACCUCGGGCAUGCGCGUCGCCUUCCCGGAAACCAAGAAGACGUACUGCUUCGACGCUUUCCCGAACAUCGACAAAGUGUCCCGCAUCACGUCCCCGGUCCUCUUCAUCCACGGCACGGAAGACGAGGUGAUCGACUUCUCGCACGGCCUGGCCCUCUACGAGCGCUGCCCCAAGGCCGUCGAGCCCCUGUGGGUGGAAGGGGCCGGCCACAACGACAUCGAACUCUACAGCCAAUACUUGGAGCGCCUCCGCAAAUUCAUUUCCCAAGAUCUGGCCGGCCAGCACAACUGAGAGCCCUGUUUUCGCCCGUCCCUCCG